AAAUAAGGAAAUAAAACUUGCCAGUCCCGCAUUCUUUCUGGGCGUGCAAUGAGGUGAAUUCCCCUACCUACCUACGUACCUACCUGUGCAGGAUGUGACAGUUAAAUUGUUAUUUCAACACGCCUUAUCUCAGGGGCUGAGACUUAAUGAAAUGCAUACUCCGCAUAGUGGAACUUGUUCAAGUUCAGGAAUGUUUUCAUCUUCUACAUAUAGUUCUCGGAACCACUGUGAUUCCUUCGUGUAUCCCAGGAGAAUCUGAAGACAACUGCACAGCUCUAGUGAAGACAGAAAACAGUCCACGUGUGGCUCAAGUGUCAAUAACAAAGUGCAGCUCUGACAUGAAUGGCUACUGUUUGCAUGGACAGUGUAUAUUCCUGGUGGACAUGAGUGAAAAAUACUGCAGGUGUGAGGUGGGUUAUGCUGGUGUCCGAUGUGAACACUUCUUUUUAACGGUCCAACAACCCUUGAGCAAAGAAUAUGUGGCUCUGACCGUGAUUCUUAUUCUCUUCCUUCUUCUCUUAGUCGCCGGCUCCAUAUACUACUUCUGGAGAUGGUACAGAAAUCGAGAAAUUAAAAAGUCAAGGAACGAGUAUGAAAGGGUGACCUCGGGAGAUCUGGCGUUGCCACAAGUCUGAGUGGCGCCACCAAGCUCAUGGGCCGGGAUGCACAGCAAGCUGUUGAUGUUAAUAUUCCUAUUUUAUUAAUAAUAUUUAUGUUGGGUCAUGUGUUAAAUCAACAAUUUUUAAUAUAUUUGGAAACUUUUUGUUUCUUUUUUUGUAUAAUGUACACAAACUAAUAUAGAAAGAAAAUUGGUAUUUUUUUUUUCUUGAGCUAAGUGCUUUAUUGAAAGCUUCAAAGCUUAUUUGCUUGCUACAAAUAAGUUGCUCAGGAAGUGUCAGCAAAGGACAGAUUUCUCUAAGCCUAAAUAUAUGGUCAAAUCAAUUUGAUAAGUAUAUUUUUCUACUCCUCAAAACAAUGAUAAUUGGUUUGUGUAUACCAUAGUUUGAUGUAUAAGUUGACUCCAUUGUGUCAUAUAUUGAACAAUGAUAAAAUGGGAAUUGGGGAGAAGCAAAUAUAGACCAUGUGCUAAACACUCCACAUUUGAAACAAACUAAACGGGGAGAGCUCUGCUCCCUCCAGGCCCAUUCUCAGCUCUGUUUAUCUGCUUGGAGGGGAGGUGGUCAAUUCCUUAUUCCAACCCACAGCUCCUAUGGAUACUAGUCACCCAUCUCAGAUUGUCCUUAAGGAAAAUGAACCAGCUUAUACCAUCUUCUAUGCAAAUAGUAGAUAUUUUUAUAACUUCACAGAGUUCCUUUUUUUUUGUUUUUUUUUUUUGUACAGCAUUUAUGUGAGGCAGCUCUUGCUUCUGAGACAAUUUUUAAAAAACCCACACUUAGAGCUACUUUUUAAGAGUAUUUAUUUUUGUAAGGGCUUUGCUGAAUUCUAAGGUUAAUUUAUAGUCCAAAAUUUGAUGGACUAAUCAUUAUUUUAAAGUACAAGACAACAGUUAUAUAUAUAUAUAUAUAUUGCCUAAAGACAGAAACACUUGUUUUCCAUCCAAGAAAUUUUUAACUUAAGAAAUGAAGUAAGUAGCUUCUUAUAGAAUUUGAAAUUCUAUAUUUAAAAUUAUAUCCUGAUGCAGAACAUGGGGAAAACAAGAAAAAAUAAGUCAUAAUGUGUUUUUCCAAAUGAACGCAUUUAUUUGAAAGUUUUUAGAAUUUAGACUUAACCAUUCAUUCCUUAUGAUGAAGACUGAGAUGAAACCAGAGUCUUUUGUUUAUUUUUGAGAGGAGACUAUGGUUUCUCCUAUACUCAGAGCCUAUGGUCUCAGUGAAUUAAUAAGGAUGCUUGGGACAACUGCACAAGGAGCCACAGCUGUUACUACCUGGGGACCACAUGGGAGACUGUCUCACUGAAUGCUAGACCUCAGGAUCACGCGCUUGAACAGGGAGGGUCUAUUCUUUUCCACUUUUUGUCCUGACAUGUGCCAGGGCAACAAAGA